GUGAAUGUGUUUUGUAAACUGUAUGUCACCCACUGUGAGAGAACUGUGUGUUGCAGUGGAGUGUAAGCRUUAUUUCCACCAGCUGUUUGUGAUUUGAUUUUUCUCCUUCUUAGGUAAAGGACCCGAGACGCUGUUCGCGGGCCAGAAGCUGAAUGACAACGAGUGGCACAUGGUGAAAGUGGUGCGAAGAGGCAAGAAUCUGCAGCUGUCUGUGGAUAAUGUCACAGUGGAAGGCCAGAUGACUGGUGCCCAUACACGUCUAGAGUUUCACAACAUCGAGACGGGCAUCAUGACGGAGCGCCGCUUCAUUUCAGUGGUUCCCUCAAACUUCAUUGGUCAUCUGCAGGGCCUGACCUUUAACAGUGUGCCGUAUCUCGACCARUGCAAGAAYGGGGACAUCUCUUACUGCGARCUGAAYGCCCGCUUUGGCAUGCGUCACAUCAUCGCCGAUCCGGUGACAUUUCGAACAAAAGGCAGCUACUUAGCAUUAGCCACGUUACAGGCUUACGCCUCGAUGCACCUCUUCUUUCAGUUUAAAACCACCACACCUGAUGGCCUGAUGCUCUUCAACUCUGGAGAUGGGAGCGACUUCAUAGUUGUGGAACUGGUGAAGGGGUAUGUCCAUUAUGUUUUUGAUCUCGGCAAUGGCCCAUCGCUAAUGAAGGGCAACUCUGACAAACCACUCAAUGACAACCAGUGGCACAAUGUGGUGGUGUCCCGGGAUGCCAACAACGUACAUACACUGAAGAUCGACUCACGCACCGUGACACAGCACUCCAAUGGAGCCCGCAACCUGGACCUCAAAGGAGAGCUGUACAUCGGCGGCGUGCCCAAGAACAUGUACACAAAUCUGCCCAAACUGAUUGCAUCCCGGGACGGGUACCAGGGCUGUCUGGCCUCUGUGGACCUGAAUGGGAGACUCCCUGACCUGAUCGCAGAUGCCCUCCACAGGGUGGGGCAGGUGGAACGAGGCUGCGAUGGACCCAGUACCACCUGUACGGAGGACUCCUGCUACCAUCAGGGGGUGUGUCUCCAGCAGUGGGAGGGCUUCACCUGUGACUGCACGAUGACGUCCUAUGGAGGCUCGUUUUGCAACGACCCUGGGACAACUUACAUCUUCGGCCGAGGCGGAGCCCUCAUCACAUACACCUGGCCACCCAAUGACCGGCCGAGCACACGGGCAGACCGGCUGGCAGUGGGCUUCAGCACGCAGCUGAAGGAAGCCAUUCUGGUCAGAGUGGAGAGUGCCAAGGGACUGGGAGAUUACCUGGAGCUGCACAUAGAACGGGGAAAAGUCGGCGUGAUCUUCAACGUUGGAACAGACGACAUCAUCAUUGAGGAGAGUGCGGUGAUGGUGAGCGACGGCAAAUACCACGUGGUGCGAUUCACGCGCAGUGGUGGCAAUGCCACUCUGCAGGUGGACAACCAGCCGGUCAUUGAACGGUUCCCCUCAGGGAACAUUGAUAAUGAGCGCCUGGCACUUGCUAGACAAAGAAUCCCCUUCCGAUAUGGUCGGGUAGUUGACGAGUGGCUAUACGAAAAAGGUCGCCAGUUGACCAUCUUUAACAGCCAGGCGUUCAUAAAAAUUGGUGGUGGAGAGAAGGGGCGCCACUUCCAGGGGCAGAUCUCAGGCCUGUACUACAACGGCCUGCAGGUGCUUAAACUGGCUGCUGAGGGCGACCCCAACAUCCAGAUCCAGGGCAACCUGAGGCUGGUGGGCGACGUUCCCUCGGUGCUCACCACCGACACCACCUCCACCACCCCGCUGGCUGAUAUGUCCACCACUAUCAUGGAGACAACCACCACCAUGGCCACGACCACCACCCGCAAACAGCGCUCGCCAACAACCUUGAAGGACAACGUCACACCGAAUGCAGAUGACCUCUUGGUAGCUUCAGCAGAGUGUCCGAGUGAUGACGAAGAUUUGGAGGAGUGCGAGCCUGGAAAUGGAGGUGAAUUAGUGUUGCCCAUUAUAACGGUGGAUUCCCUAGACCCCCCAUCAAUUGCCACCCGCUACCCAGUACUCCCCCCGCCCCCCACCACCUACCGCCCCUUCCUCACCUUGCUUGAAACCACCAAAGAGUCUGUCCCCUUGCCCAAUGGCCGGCCCCCCUGCCCCUUGGACCAAGAGGACUGUGAGGAGACCAUUGAGGUGUCGGCCUACGGUUCGGGGGAGAURACCGAGACGGAUGACGAGGACUAUUAUAAAAACUUCCCCCUGGUCACUGACAGGACUGUUCUCCCUCCUCCCCCGGCAGUCGAGGGUGGUGUUCAGAACCCCCAAGACCGCCAUUUCUCUCAAUACCCCAUCUCCCACCGCCCACCUUUCUCAUCCACCCCCACCGCAAACCCCGACCAACUCAAUCCACGCAUCAAACCAGCUGCCGGUGGCAGCAGCAGUAGUAGCAACAAUAUCCCCGCGGGGAAAAUGAACAACCGGGACCGGGUGCUGCUGCCGCCGGCCCACCCCUCAUUAGAUCCAGGCCACCGCAGAAUUCCAGGAAUAACCUACCCCCCAAAUUUCCCCCAUGUUCCCACUCCAGAUCCUACAUCUCCAGAGAGAGGGCUCCCGGGCGCCGUGGAGGUGCAGCAGUCCAGCAGCACCACGGGGAUGGUGGUGGGCAUCGUAGCUGCCGCAGCCCUCUGCAUCCUCAUCCUGCUCUACGCCAUGUACAAGUACCGUAACCGGGAUGAGGGCUCCUAUCAGGUAGACCAGAGUCGCAAUUACAUCAGCAACUCGGCCACGCAGAGCAACGGGGCUCUGGUGAAGGAAAAACAACCCACCACUGCCAAGACAGUCACCAAGAACAAGAAGAACAAAGACAAGGAGUACUACGUCUGAGGAGCGCUGCCGUCACAGAAGAUCAACGCACUUAGAUAAGGAAAGAGACGAGAGAAAGACAGAUGGAGAGAGRGAAGGCAGUGCCUCGAGGACCGCAAUCACAAAGCGGCUUAUUUAUUUUAAACUCAGUAUUGUAAGGAAACUAGUUGAGUUUCUCAUUAAUGCUCAAAUCAGAACGAUGCAAGGAAAGAAGAUGGCAUCAUUUAAAGUUUAGACCUAUAUGUAUUCUUUGAUUAAUUUGAGUAAUUAUGACCAAAUGUUAACCCUGAUGUGAUUUAGGAAAAGGGUGCUACAAUCUCAACAUGUACUGUGCCAACACUUGAGUAACUGUAAAUCACUGAUUUAUGAAUUAAAUUUUCACAAUUAAUUAAAAUCCUGAGGUACUGUAGAAAAAAACAACAGUAUUUGUGUAAUGUCAAGAUCGAGUACGAGGUGAAGAUCAAAAGCUUAAAAAUUCCGUCAAAUUAUUUUUAACAAGGCUCAAAAUAAACAACUUCGUAACCCUCUGAGGUGUUAUACCUUCUUUUUAUGGAAGUACCCAAAUUCAACUCUUCAACAUUUGUCAGUUUUCCUAGGUUUCGGGUCAGUCGCCUCAGGAACAGGUUUCUCUCUCUCCCUCUCGUCAGACGGUGCGCUCUGUUUCUCUCCUUGUCUACGGUGCUCAGAAACCGAUGCAACGCGAACUCUGCCAUGUUUCAAGCAUGUAGUAUUCAUUUACAAAAAUGAGAUAAAAAUUUUUCUUUUCGUGAAGUUUAAACUAAAAAAAAAAGAAAAAGAAAUAAUUUUUUUUUGAAAAAACAUGAUGACGAUUGAUGGUCGUAACGUUAAACGUAGCAACAAUGUGAGAUUCCACCGCUCCAACCUAAUGGAUGCUAACAUAUACGUUUAGCCGCCAAAAACUUGUUGAGGCCAAAACCCCCCCUUUGGUCGUCUUUUGUUCCAGCAGAUGUGUGUUGUGUGUUUUGGGAAUGGUGGGGGCCAGCAGAGAGACUGUCACCUUCACACAGAUAYUAAUCGCCGAAAAACAGAAAAAAAAMCUCCAGCAAACCAGACGAACUUUGUUCUAUAUAACUAUAAAUAUAUGUAUAGACAUUGAAGAAACUUAUGGACCUAAAUUGUGAGCGAGUCUAUAAGUGAGUUUGCUGACCGUGCAGAAUGAAGAUGGACUUUAGGAUUUUCUUGACGUUGGAACAGUUUCAACACUCAGUCCCCUCAUUCUGGAAACCUCUCACCUUCCCAUGAACAGUACGGCUGAUUAAUGCCUCGCUGCAAGACUCAGUCGCUUUAUUUUUAUUUUUUCUGGUUUGUUUUCUUGGGGGGGAUGAAAAGCACGAGACAUUUUAUGGUAAUACAGAAUUCAGUUUUGCUGGAGUUCCGCUGUUAAAGAGAGAGGUACCUUGCAGCAGAAAAAAAGAGACUGUGACUUUUGCCCUUCUCUUGCCUCCCUGGACUGACGGCAGCCAACAGGCAAAGCAAACUCCAUGGGAAGAACACACAAACAAGAGGAGAACCGCACUUCCCUGGAAGAUGUACAACUGAACUCUAGUAUUCAAAUUUUCUCAACUCUAUUAAAAAAAAGUAAACUGAACCAUAAAAAGAAAACUCCUGAAACAAGUUUGUGAAAUGUCUAAAUAUUUGACUCUCAUCCCAUUACUAAGACAAAUGUGUUUUCCCURCUAUCAUUCCUGUUUGGAGAAAAAAAUGACAAUGAUUCUGGGAUACUAAAAUUUCUAUGUAUUUUUUGUUUUUUAUUUUUGAUUUUUCUUGGUAACCAAGCUAAUGUAUUUUCAGUUAGAAACAUAAAGCGGAGAUACAUUCGUCUUUUUUGCCGUUCUUCAUAAAUCAUCCCUUUUUUAAUUUAUUUUAUCAAUUUUUAUAUAUUUGUUUUUGUCUUGCUUCAUUUCCUUGUAUGUCAGAUAUUAUGUUCCAUGUCCAGAGGAAAACACUAGUUCUGUCCAUGUUUUAAUUUGUUUUAUAGUCAUCUCUGUCUGUAUGCUGAGAGACACAAUGGCAGCCAUUUCAUUUGAAGGACUCCAUGAUUUUCUCUCCGGUCAUGUUUGUCUGGUUUCUUUCCUUUUUUCCAUUUSAAACAUACUCCUCCCAGUAUCUUCCUGUUCUUUCUAAAUGUUAUUGUAAAGUGUUCCAGUGAGAUGACUCUAAAUAUGUGUACAUUAACAGAGGGAAUACACUUGGUUAUAUACUUCUUA